AUGCAGGUCAAAUUAGGAGGCCGAGGAGCCUACUCGUACAUCAGGAAGGAACCACCCGCACCCGAAAGAAAGGGGUACAACGACUGGGAGGAAGACGAUCUAGUCAUUUUCUCGUGGAUCGUCGACAACAUCGAAGACGAUAUUAUCGCCGAUUUCGCACAUCACCAAACAUCAAAGGUGUUGUGGGAUAGCCUUGCGGUAACAUACGAAAGUAAGGCGGAUCCAUACCUCAUCUACGACCUGGAAGAGAAGGCAAUCAACAUCAGACAGGGAGAACUCGACCUAGAAACAUAUUACCGAAGAAUCAAUGGGCUGUGGAUCAACAUCGACCGCUGCCAGAAACAGCCGGUUACUUGCUGCGACAAAGGUGUAGACCAAUUCAGAGAAUUCUCCAGCAGCAAGAGACUAAUCAAGUUUCUAACAGGAUUGAAUCAGGAGUAUGAUUCAAUUAGGCGAGAAAUCCUCAAGGAGGAACCACACCCAUCGGUUGAGGCUGCCUACGGAUAUGUGAAGAGGGAGGUUACUCGAAGAAGCAUCAACACAUCCCCUUCACUCACCGGAGGAGUCGAUGGCAGGAGCGCCGAUUCGUCAUCUGGGGGGGAAUCGGGCACGGUUUAG